UAGAAACCCCCCAUGAAUUUAGCCUGCUGAUAACAUCUCUUAGUAUCAUCAUCAUUGUAAAACAGCCUCUUUUCUUUUUUAUAAUCUAAACUUUCCUCUCACCUUGCAGCUUCCAAGGAGAAAGAAAGUUCAUCUUCCAAGCUUUUGAAGAAAUGGAAGAGUUUUACAGGCUCAACAGCUCUGUUAUAUCCUCAUACACUAAUGGAGUCGUAGCUAGUGAGGCCAUUGCAAGCACUAGCUGUGGUGGAGUUCAUGGAGCUCAAAUGAUGAACAAUGAAAUGAUUCAGCUGGAAGCUGAGACCACUACUGGCUUGAACAUGUCUGAAAUCAUCAAAACUCAAAUUGUCAACCAUCCCCUUUAUUGCAAACUGGUUUCUGCUUACAUUGAAUGCCAAAAAGUUGGAGCUCCACCACAAGUGGCUUGUCUUCUUGAAGAAAUUGGUCGUGAAAAUCACCCUCCUAGGUCAUGUAUUGAGCUGGGAGCUGAUCCUCAACUCGACAACUUCAUGGAGUCAUACUGUGAAGUUCUUCAUCAAUACAAGAAUGAGCUAACCAAGCCAUUUAAUGAAGCAACAAUGUUCUUGACCAACAUUGAAUUGGAGCUAAGCAACCUAUGUAAAGGAUCAUUUACAGCAACGUCGGAUUCUCGUCCCGCCACGAACGACGAAGUAGCCGAGACGCCGGAGGACGAACCGGGCAGCUACCGGGAAGUCGAGAUGCCGGGAAAUCACGAGCCAUUCGGCACGAGGCAAACGAACCAAGACCUCAAAGAAAUGCUGCUGAAGAAAUACAGUGGCUAUCUAAGCAGUUUGAAGAAGGAUUUCCUUAAAAAAAGGAAGAAAGAGAAGCUUCCAAAGGAUGCAAGAAUGGCUUUAUUUGAUUGGUGGAACACUCAUUACAAAUGGCCAUAUCCCACAGAAGAGGAAAAAUCAAAACUUUCUGGUAUUACUGGUUUGGAUCAGAAGCAGAUCAAUAACUGGUUCAUUAACCAGCGAAAACGGCAUUGGAAUCCGCCCGAAGAAAUGCGAUUCGCGCUCAUGGACAGUGUCGGGACCGGGGUCGGGGAAUGCAUCAAAGGUUCAAAUUUUUAUGACAAUGGAGGAACAGGAGGCCGUGUUGUUUAGUUGAAAGUAUAUAUUGUAUGAGUACAUUUAGUAUCAUAAUCCAUUUUUACCUGUUGGGUCGGAUUGAGUCGUGUCAAAAUUUACCGACGUUUCAAUUUCAUCAAACUACACAUCAAAUAUAUGUCACUCUU